AUGGGAGAUAAAAAAAAUUAUUACGCUUCACCUGGAUCUUAUCCCUACCCACCACAAGGAUAUCCCUCUCCUGGUGGAUACCCACCGGCCGGAUAUCCUCCACUAGUAAGAUAUCCUUCUCAUGGUGGGGGAUAUCCUCCUCCCAACGGAUACCCUCCACCAGUCGCUACAACAUAUCCUUCACCUGGAGGAUAUCCUCUUCCUCCUCCUCCUCCUCCUGCUCCAGGAUAUCCUCCUUCAGGACCAAUAGGACAAAUUCCGAUAGUUUAUCCACCAACUAAUUAUCCUGGUGUUGGUAGUAGUGGUGCAUAUGGGGCACACCCUCACUAUAUGGCACAUGGUGCUUAUGCAACACAUGGAGGUUACUAUGGCCAUUGUCAUGGAAAGUUCAAACAUGGGAAAUUUAAGCAUGGGAAGCAUGGCAUGUAUGGCAAGCAUGAAAUGGUGAAUAAAGAAAAUUCGGCAUUGAGCCGAUUGAGUCUUAGCUCGAUUGGCAUGGGUAUUGUUGCCAAUGUAGGAGGACAUGGAUUCGAGUGCGUCAAAGUACAUUAUCCUCCUAUUUAUGGGUUGGAGAUGCGCUAUGGAUAG